AUGGAGAUCUUGCGCGACUUAGGCAUCGAGCAGGAUGCUCUCAGGUUGUCCACAGGACCCGAGCAUAUGAUGCAUACGUCCUGGCUCGACAACCUGAUGGGAAACGAAUUCGGACGCAUCUAUGCAUGGGGCAACAAGCCCGCUGAUCUGUCCAACUACACUGUGGCUAGCCCUUGCCACAUGAGCGACUUACCGCAGAGCUACCUGGAGCCGCUAAUCGUCGACAAGGCUAUUCAAGCUGGUGCACGUUUCUACUUCUACCAUGAAGUCGUGGAUUUCAACGUCCAGGGUGACGAUGUCGUUUCCGUCGUGAUCAAAGAUCGUGAGACGGACAAGAAACAUAAUCUGCGCUGCAAGUACUUGAUUGGCGCUGACGGGGCACGUAGCAUCAUCGCGAGUAAAGCUGGACUGAAGAUCGAAGGUCAGAAACUCAAUGACGCCUUCAACGUUCACAUCAAGGCGGAUUUGAGCCACCUAUUUGCUCAUCGACCUGGCAGUCUCAAUUGGAUCUUGAACGUCGAUGCCGAAGAUUGGUCAGCCGUGGGAAACUUCCGCCUGGUUCGGCCGUGGAACGAGUUCGUUGUAUCGAUGCAUCCUUCUUUGCAGGGCAACGAUGCCCAAGAACAGACGGACCCUUCGAUGGAUCAGAUCCGUCAUCGACUGCACCAGAUGAUUGGAGACGUAGAUUUGCCUGCCGACCAGCAGGUUCACAUCGAAGUUGUUUCUUCCUAUCGAUGGACAAUCAACGACCAGCAUGCCAAGCAAUGGCAGCAUGGACCUGUUUUGUGCAUCGGUGAUGCGGUCCAUCGCCAUCCACCAAUCAACGGUUUAGGCAGCAACACCUGCAUCGGCGAUGCCUUCAAUCUGGGCUGGAAGUUGGCCUAUGUGCUCAAGGGUCUGGCACAUCCAGACGUGCUUAGCACGCUGACUCAGGAACGAGCACCUGUGGGCCAGGCUAUCGUGCACCGUGCCAACGAGGGCAUGCGUGCCCAUCGACACCUCUGGUCCCUGUUAGGCUUGACGAAGGAGAGACGCCUUCAAGUCUUGACGACGCUGAGAGGCAGCUCUGUCGAAUCAAUGGCUCUGCGCGAGGCGAUCAAAGAGGCCAUGGAGGCGACAGAUCUGGAAGUGCAAAGCAUUGGCAUUCAAAUGAACCAGUUCUACCACAACGUCGGCAGCCAACUCUGUCUGGACGAGAAGCCGGAGGAGCAGCUGGAUACGCAGUCGGAUAGGACGGUCAAGACCACUGGUGGGCCGGUGACCAUCCUGGAUGCUACGCGCCGUGCAGCGCUGUCGACCGAAAAGGUGCCCCUGGACUACAACACGCUAAAAGACGUCGUCCUCUCAACUGCGCCUGGCUUCCAUAUGCCGCAUUGUUGGAUCGCAAGGGGUGGUCAGUCGCCGUCCAUCUCCACGUUGGAUUUGUGUGGUAAAGGCAAAUUUACCCUGAUCACCGGCUGUGCCGGUCAAGCGUGGCUGGAUGCAGUCAAAAGCUUGACUCAACGCAUUCCGACGCUGCCUCUUGUUGCUGUGACGGUGGACAGUUACAGCGCCGAGUACCAAGAUUUGUACUACGACUGGGUCAGGUUGCGCGACAUGGAGGCCGGAGGUAUGCUCUUAGUGCGUCCGGACCACUUUAUUGCAGCACGCGUCCAACGCUCUCAAACCUCGCCCGAAAAGGCUCUAGAACGGUUGGAGGAAAUGCUGACUCGACUUCUCGGUCAACCUAUCAGUACGCAGUCACAAUGA